AUGCCACCAAUAAAUAAAGAGAGAUUGAAUAUCGCGGAUGAAUUUGAAACAAAAUGGAAUUUUCCGCAUUGCAUAGGUGCGAUAGAUGGAAUUAAGCAUACAGUUUCGGACGCCAAUUACUGCUUCACACUAGUCGACAUUGGAGUCGAAGAUAGACUGAGUGAUGGAGGUAUUUUUGCAAAUUCAAAUUUUGGUCAACGAUUUGAAAGAAAUGAAAAGAAUUUGCCGCAAAUGAGUGUACUGGAACCUAACGGGCCUCUUUUACCGUAUGUAUUAGUGGGAGAUGAAGCAUUUGCUUUGAAUCAGUAUAUGAUGCGACCGUAUUCUCGAUGUGGUCGAUUAACUCUUCAAAAAAAAAUAUUUAAUUAUUGUUUAAGUCGAGCGCGAAGAGUAGUCGAAAGUUCGUUUGGAAUUAUGGUGGCACGAUGGCGGAUCUAUCGACGUCCGAUAAUUUCGUCCAUUUCCACUGCAGUAAAAAUUGUCCAAGCGACUACAUGUUUACACAAUUUUAUAAUAAAAAAUGAAAACAAAUUGCACAACUUUCAAAGACGAUACACUCGCAUUGCCAGAAAUGACGUAGACUUGAUUCGUGGGGCAUUGCAAGAAAUGAACAAUGCUACUGGCAGAUCUAAUAAUGUCCACACUCGACUUGCUACCAGAAUCCGGGACGAUUUUGCGUCAUACUUUGAACACGGCGGAGCAGUAUCUUGGCAGUGGCAAAAACCCA